GACGCGGGGCUCCCCGUGUACGCCCACAUCCGUCCGAGGGACGUGGAGGCCAUCCCCAGAGCCAGCACCAACCCCGGCAACCGCAAGGUGCGGGCCCUGGCCUUCAGCGGCAAGAACCAGGAGCUGGGAGCCGUGUCCCUGGACGGCUACUUCCACCUGUGGAAAGCCCGGAGCACCCUGUCCAGGCUGCUGUCCAUCAGGCUGCCUUACUGCCGAGAGAACGUGUGCCUGACCUACUGUGAUGAGUUGUCCCUGUACGCGGUGGGCUCCCAGUCCCACGUCUCCUUCCUGGAUCCGCGGCAGCGCCAGCAGAACAUCCGGCCCCUGUGCUCCCGAGAGGGCGGCACGGGUGUGCGCUCGCUGAGCUUCUACCAGCACAUCAUCACCGUGGGCACGGGCCACGGCUCCCUGCUCUUCUACGACAUCCGUGCCCAGAAGUUCCUGGAGGAGAGGGCCUCGGCCAGCCCGCCCUCUUCUCCAGGGCUCGCAGGGAGGAAGCUCAAGCUCACGUGUGGCAGAGGCUGGCUCAACCACGACGACCUGUGGGUGAACUACUUCGGUGGCAUCGGCGAGUUCCCCAACGCGCUGUACACCCACUGCUACAACUGGCCCGAGAUGAAGCUCUUCGUCGCGGGGGGGCCUCUCCCUUCUGGCCUCCACGGGAACUAUGCAGGCCUCUGGAGCUGAGGAUGGUCGCCCGCCGUGUCCUCAAAGUGCCCAGGCCCCCCUUACUUUCCCCUUUCACUCUGUGCGUGUGCUUUUGACUCUGUGUGGCUUUUCUCUUCCAGGUGGAAAGUGCCCAGCUUACCUCUACCUCUGCUUAGUAUAUUAGGCAGAGAGAGAGAAAAAGCAGAAGUGGUCUCUUGGGCAGUCACAACUUGUCUUUAAGAUUUUUCUGCAUCUCCUCCAACACCACCAUCCUGUUUGCGUGGUGGUCAAAAAUUUUUGGCUAAUCCUUAAUUGUGUUAUCUCUUUGAGUGAUUCACAUUUGCUCAUUCUCUGGGCUGAUGCAGUCAUGGUUCCAACUACGAUUCAGUACUUUAGGUUUAUCAAUAUUUCAUUAGUUUGUUCAGGUCUUUCACACAAUUCGGAUGUAUUGUAUUUCUGGAAAAUGUGUGCUAAAAGUGUCUUUGGGGUUGAUCUGAGGAACUAUCCACCAUAUAACAGAGCACAUUUAUAGCCCUGCUCCAAUUAGAAAAUGCUUUUCAAGUUCUAGAUUGCCACCAUUUGGGCACACAUUUCAUUUGGAUGUUGGAAACUCAGUGUUUGUUGUUUGUAUAUUGUUGGUGUAUAAAAUACUUUAAAAUGUGUUCUCUUGGUUGAGAAAUCUUACAAUGAUAUUCAUCCUAUUAAUCACAGUUUUGAUUAUUUAGUAAAAACUUAGUAUCAGUACCCCAAGACGUUCAGCCUUCUUGUUUAAAUCUGCUAUGUUAUGGCCUGCUUUCUUGAGUAGCAUUUAUGCUACAGAUUUUCAGAGCUAACCAAAACUGGCCUAUAUCUGGCAGGAUAAUCAAGGAGGUACUUUUUGGAGUAAACAUUUCUUUACAGAUCAGGUAACACUAUCCAGGCAGCCAUUUACAGAGAAAGGCUGACUGCUGUGCUCAAUGUAGGUGUUGUUGACAAUUUUUUAUUGUAUACAUGGGUAAGUCUUUUAUCUGGAUUGAGUAUGUGAUGUACCGCAGAAAAAAUAAAACAUGUUCAGCAUUUUAGCAAUUAAGUGCUAGGCUAAAGUUUUUGAGUGCUUAAAUACACACUUUAUUUUUUAAUUAAUUGUCCUUAUAGGAAUAUGUUUAUCAAAGUCAAAAUCUUCCAGGAGAGAAACUGAAGCUGAAAUACUACUCUGUACAUUUGCUUUUGAAAAGCAAACUUAUGCUAUUACCAGGGGUUAAAAGAGUCAAUAACAUCUUGAAUACUUUAUCUAAAUAUACUUGCUAUAGGUUAGGAGAGUUAGGUGUCUUUUCCUUUUUUUAAGACGAUUUAACAAACUUUUUCAUUCACACAAACAAACAUAUUGUGCUUAUGACUACCUACUCACAUAUCACAUAUCACUGUGUGUGUAUGUAUAGAUGUUGCUUCCCAUGUGAUACCAUUUUACAUGUGCAGAUAUUUCAAAUAUUUUAAACUACAUCUAUCAAGACUUCCCACUUGGUCUUUUGUUUUUAUUUUAAUUUAAAUUAAAUAAUAUGUGCACAUGACCCCCCAAAUCAUACUUUACAAAAGGUGUACAGUGAAAAGUCUUAUACGUCAAGAUCCCUGACCUCCUGCCCGUUGGUCACAAACAGUACAUCUUGUGUCUGAUCCAUCUGGAGAUAGCCUACACAUGUAUAAGCAUAUCUGUAUGUGCGUAUGCAAUUGUUAUACAAAUGAUAGCACAUGCUUUGCUUUACAUAUUUGUGCCUUUUUUAAUCACAAAAUCUUAAAGAUCGUUUCUCAUACAUACCUACCUAAUCCAUUCUAAUUGUAUAGUAUUCCCUAAAAUAUGGCUGGGACAUAUUUUAUUCCUUCAUUACACUUUUGAUGAGCAUUUAUGUUGGUUCUUAUUUUCUCCUAGUAUAAAGUAUUCUGCAGUGAUUACUUAGUUGCAAACAUCUUUGUGCACAUAUAUGACUA